UUAAUUUUACGACUGUAACUAGCUUUGUACCGAUAUAAAUAAUUAAUAUUUUUUGCAAUUUUGAAGGGAGAAAAUAAACUUAUGCGGAACAUUCCCAUUGCCAAUGCGUCACUCAAUUAUUACAUAACAACUGUCUACUUACACCUGACGCACAAAUGUCAUGUCGUAAUUGAGGUCAACAAGAUAACGGAAGUAUAUGCACAAGAAGGUCGGGCCAAGGUCGGACUCACUCGUCACCAUUCACAGAUGCUCCUACGGGAAAACAUUUAAAAUGUCUGACGACAAUCAUAAUUUACGCAAUAACUAAUGUCGACCGUGUUCAAGUCAUUGAAACGAAUAAUUUAUGUUAG